AUGGUAUUAGAAUGUGUUCAUCCAACCAAACAAAGAAAAACAAACUCUCAAUACGAUGCUGUCAAAAGGUCCAUAAUCGAUUUCACAAUAGAAUGUUUCUCGAACUAUCUACAUCCACCAACCACAUCUCUACCUCUGUAUGAAUUGUUCAUUUUCACAGAUCAUGAAUCUGUUAAACAACACAUAGUUGGCAGUCCUAGGGCUACUUUGCACACCGCUUUGAAUAGUCCUAGUUGCUAUCUCCAGUGCUCGUGUUGCGCUACUGAUGUGAAAGAUGAAAUUAUAUCGACUAUGCCUGAUAUUUGUAUCGGUUAUAAAUUGCAUUUGGAGUGUGGGAGGCUUAUAAAUUUAUAUGAUUGGCUUCAUGCAUUCCGGCAUGUAACAUCAACUGUUGCAAAUGGGACAUCUGAUGCAGAAGCUGAGGAAGACACCAUUGAAAUUGAACCAGAAAUACAAGCCAGAUUUACAAGUAUGGUUUCCGAAUUGCAGCAUCUCGGAUUCAUAAAAUCUUCAAAUAAAAAAAGGGAUCACGUAACAAGAUUGACUUGGUGA